AUUAUGUAUAUAAAAAAAUAUUAUCGUAUAUCUCAUUAUUUAUAGUGCUGUAUAUAAAGCGGCAGAGAAUUUGGUUAAAGUCCUGCGGCUAUUUAGAGAUUAAAAAGACAACUCUUCGCGAGGAAUUAGCGUUGGUCCGCGGAGUUUCUAUUUUCGUGACAACCGCGUUGCUUAUUCGAGCAACAGCGAGAAUGCCGGCGUGGCCUCGAUUUUUACACCUUUAUAGAGUGGAAUGCAAAGCGAUCGCCGUGCAGGAAUUUUCAAACAAGAGAUAUAUAAAUUUUCCUCUUGUUUUUUUAUGAAUAUCUUAUAAACAUGACUUAUUAUUGCAGAUAUUUCACAAAAUGUCAGUAAAAAUAAGGAAUCCUUAAAGAGACAUGAAUUUUACAGAGUUAAGCUCCAAUUUAUCAGUCGAUUUAAUGGCAUUUUAAUUGAUAUUACAAUGCCUUUAUUAACUACGAAGUGCGAUCUCCUUAGACGAUCGCUCUCCGAGGCGUAAUAAUAUCGCGUUGUAGGAAGGAGGAGAGAGGAGGGCGAUUUCUCGGCUAAUUCGAGAUUGGAUCGACUAUUCUUCGGAAUAAAUCGCGAAGCGUGUGCCGUUGUAAAAAGAAGCACGAAUACGCCGGCGCGCGGUUGCGCAAUACCGGGGUACACACGGUAUAUAACAUAAUUGUUCGUCGCGAUUGUAUAAUGCGGACUUCCAGGCGGCAGUCGUCGCGUCACUCUGAUACGGACGUGUAUAGAAGCCAAAGAUUUCGGACAUGUGUCGAUCGAAUAACACGUGAUGAUGACUUUCGCGUCAUACCAGUGUCUUCGAGUUGAUUGUGGAACGAAGUUCCAUCGAGACUCUUUUCCCGCCGAUGUCUAGAGAAUCUAUCGCGUGCAGGAAUAGACGAAAGUCCGAGGCGGGAGAUCGUAGGGUAGCGUGAUUCGUUUCGCGGAAUUUCUCGAGACCUUGCUGUGAAAUAUAUGUGGGACGUAAGAAUUUCGAGGCAUCGCACUGUCAUUCUCGCCGAGUGAUAAUGAGUGAUACGCGUGAUGCGGCAAAUUACAGUGUCCUCGUCGUAAGAGAUUGUGGAACGUGAGAUUCUGCGAUAUUCUUACUAUGAUCGAAAUUUAUAAUAAGAUGUAGGAUGAUACUUCGACUAUAAACGAAAGCGAUUUCGCGAAAAUGAAAGAAAUGUGCCGAGGGAAUGUGUGUGAUAUAAAAUUUUGUCGACAAGUGAAAAUAUAUUCACGUGACGCAAAAUACACAUCGCAUGAAGAAAAGUUCUAACGUAAAGGAAGAGAAACGUUGCGACGAAUUCUUCGAUAACAGUGUCGCGCGCGUUAAUUAUUCGCAUCGAAUGCGAGUAUGUCACUCGAUUUUAACAUCAUUAUUAUUUCGUCUAUGAAGGAAAUUAACAUCGGAAAUCAAAAGUUUUUCCCUCGCUCGAGAAAGUAGGAUAGGAAAUAUAUGGACAUCGCGACUAACGACGUUCUUCCCGUGCGCGAUAAUAGUGGCAUGCGUUUUCGAGACACGUUUUGCUACACCGUUGCUCGUCGCGAUUCGAUCGCGACUUAAUAGCGUUUCACGCAACGGGAUCUAGCUAAAGAAACAGAAAGAGAAGGAGCGAAGAAAAGAGACUCGAGGAGUAUCGAUUGUAGGCAAUCGGAAUCGAACGUCCCGAGAAGAGGACUCUCUUCGUUCUAUAUAUAUAUAUAUAUAUAUACACAUUUAUAUAUCGGAGAUGAACGAGGUGAGGCACGUUUUGACAGCCCUAAGAUCGCCCACGAAGAGCUCGACCUUGAGCAACGGCACUGUAGGCGUCGCGACAGCGACGUGGUACGACGUCCCGGCGCCGAUCAUCGUGCAUUGUCGCGAGUUCCACGAAGAGGGACGCGACGUCAUCGAAAAUGAGGAGAAUAAAAAGUUCUGCGAGAAAGAGACAGAAAUUAGAUCCAUUGAUAAGAAUAUGGAGGCUGGCUCCUUCGAGAGGGAUGCGAACGUCCUCGGAUCUUCGGAGAAGAAUACGACGACAGUUGGAAGACCCUUGUCGUUCAAUGAAGCGUUGUAUCAGAACGAGGAGGCAGUUAUGAAUGAUAUAAAUCGGAAUAGGAAGAGGCAUAGUGCCACGGUGGAACUGAAUGCCACCACAAUGGUAGAGACAGACGCCGACGGAGUGCCGACGAUCAGCUUCAGCUUUCUGCGCGUCGACGAGAAAUUUCACGAGGAUGGGGACGAGAUCGUCAUUCUGGAGAUCGACACGAGCGAUCAGGCCAAGGACUUGGCAGAGAAUCAACUGUACGACCUUCCUAAGAUCGCCGUCCCGAGUCGAGUCUCCUUGGAACAAUCCGACGAUAACGAAACGAAUGUCGAAUCCUCGUCGCCGACGAUUCUUUACGACGUGCCGAGGCCGGCCAAGGACACGCCCUUGAACAAGUCGCAAGAGGGAGAGGCGACGAUGACGCUAUCAAACGUUUCUCUUGACAAGAAGAAACAACAACGCGAUCAGACGAAACGUUCCACCAGGUCGCUCAAGUCCGGCCGAAGAAGCUACGGCGCGUCCGACAGCGAUGGCUACGACGCUGGGAUAGCGUCGAUGUCAGGAUCGUACUCUGAUCCCGAAUGCCCGAACGAGGAGGGCUCGGUGAGCGGCGGUUCCGAUCGCAGCAGGCGGAUGAAGCUGCAGAAGCGGCGAUUAGGCAAAGCCUGGGGCAGGAUGCGCAGCUGGCUGCGAGAAGAGAGGACCAAGAUCGGCGACAUCGUGAACAGGCACGCGAGGAUGCAGGCGGUCGGCGCUCUCAGUCCCGAGGUGCGAGGCGAUGCCACUUUCGCGCGGACGUCCAAGAACAAGCAGCGCGGCUUCUACGAUCUGACGCGGGCUCGUACCCAGGAGACCGGUUCGAUCACCAGGGUGGAAGAAUUCGGGCUGUCGUCGGUAUCGGAGGAGGCAAAUGUCUCCGACGAUGUGGAAAGACCGACAUCGGCGUCGCCCGACUCGGAAAAAGCGAACGGUUCUCGAAUGUUGCGCGGUAAUUUGAAGAGGAAGACGGUGAGCUCGGACGACAUCUUGGAGAACAGCAGGACAAGAUUACAGCCGCCGGUGUCGUCAACGGUGUCGUUCAGCAUGGACAAGCUGUGCUCGGACGUGGAGAACGAUGAGACGAGAAUGUCAUCGACAACGCCGACGACGAUGGCGCCGGCGGAAGUCGGCUGUGAGACGUCGAGGGAUCACGGUGGGAAAGGUGGCCUGAUUAAGAGGAGAAUGCUCGGGUCAAUCAGAGGGUUAAUGGCCUCCACCCAUUUGCUGCAGACCUACGAGAUCGAGGAGGGAGGACAGGGAGGUUUCGAGGAUGUGCGAAGAUACAUCAAACAAGGAGGCGACUUCUGCAAAGACUUGGCGUCGAUUCUUCAUGAAAGAGCCGAAUUGGAAGCUACUUAUGCGAAGGGACUCAGUAAGCUCAGCAACAAGUUGACAAAGGCCUGCGCCAAGGAUCAAGGUGGUAAUAGCAACGGAGGCGUGAACGAGGCAUGGAGGUGUGUCGGCGAGGAGAUGGAGGCUGCCGCGGAAGCCCAUCGGCUAUGGGGCAUCGCGCUCAGCGAGCAGCUCGCCAAACCGCUUAGAGUGGGUGUAGCGGAGACGCAAGGCCGAUCGAGGAAGACCAUCGAGAAUUCAGUGGACAAAGCGUCCAAAUCGCUCCAGGAAUGGCGCGGGAUUGCGGCAAAAAGUAAGAAACAGAGUUUUGCGAGCGCGCGAGAGAACGAGAGGCUGCAGGACCUGGCGCGGUUGCAGACCAUCAGUCAGAGCCAGCAGAGUAACAAUAAAUUGUCGAAUCACCAAAUGACGGAGAAAGAAGUGAAUAAGCUGGAGACCAGACGGCGUAAAGCUGAAGACUCGUCGCGUCGCGCAGACACGGAGUUUUAUACGGUGAGCGUGAGGGCCGAGAGAGCCAGACUGGAGUACGAGAACACAGUAAGAAAAGGCGCGAAGCAGAUGGAGUUGCUCGAGGAGGAGCGACUGAGCGCCCUGAAGGACUUCGCCAAUGUGUACUUGACGCAUUUGCAAGCGUUCGCGCCGCGACUGCAGCAGAGCGCCGAUCGCCUGCUAACCCCCGUGCGUAGCUGCAAUGUAUCGCAAGAUCUUGAAGUUUUGAAGAAUCUCGUACGUCGAAUGGACAGUAACGAUGUGACGAACGCAGAACAGUUGCUGCCGGACUUUUACGCAGAACAUGUCACGCUGGCGAUGAACCGCGAGCGACGGAAGCAGUCGCUGGUGAGAGUGCUGCACCUGAUUAGGCAAGAUCUGGAGAGGGAGAGGCGGGGUAGAGAGGGUUUAGAAACGUUACAUCGGGCCUUCAUCAAAACACCAGCUUUCGCAGCGGAUGAGAGCGCGCAAAACGUGACAGAUAAGCUGCAUCAUAUGCGUUCCAUGUUGCUGUACUUGGAGGCGGCCAGAUAUAAGGUCGGUGGUACGCUCGCGGAAGUAGAAGGCAGCAAACGAUCCAAACAUCCCUUAUCGGACCAUAUCCUAGUUUCGAGAGACAAACAGGGUUUGCAGCAAAGUGUUCUUAAGGUUCCUUCUUGGGCAAAGAAUGAAUCCUUUGAGAUUCAAGACGAUGAUGACGAGCUCGAAAUACAUCUGACGAAGGAUCAGGAUGCCGAUCAGACACGCGAUUGGGUUGAUCGGACGGCUGGCGACGGUAAUUCCGAAAAUCCGCCGGACGAAGAUGACUUCAGUGAUUUUGACGAAUUUAGCAGUCACUCGGAGGACAACAACAAUCAGGAAACGGUCGAUAGUGCGGAGGUGGUGACGACAGCCAAGACUGAACACGCGGAGCAAUGUCGAGCAAUCUAUCAGUACUCGGCGAAUUUAAACGACGAGCUCAGUCUCAAUCCGGGUGACUUGAUAACCGUCCAUCAGAAACAGGCGGACGGCUGGUGGAUAGGCGAAUGUAGAGGUCGCACCGGCAUAUUCCCAGCCACUUACGUGCAAGUCAUACAUUAAUAGACGCGAAAUAAUUAUCGUAUCAUCGAAUAAUCAUCUCGGUGUUAACGUUCACAAGUUCCACGCGAGUCCUCUUACUUAAAUCUUCCAUCCGGUUUUGCAGAACUAGGUAAGAGUGUUAUAAUGUGCCAAUAUAGAGCAUUACACGCGACGAUUACUUUUUACGUGUAGAAAUCGAGCAUACUUCGACUGUAAGCUCAUACAAUAACAACGACAAACAUAAGAAUUAAUACCAAAUAGCAGUUACCACCAUGUUUGAGACGGAAUGCGUCCGCCUACUAGUGGAAAUAUUUUAAUUGCUACUAUUUGCGUAUAUGACGUAUUUAUCAUUUUUAUUACGUUAUAUAAUUAAUGCUCGUUUAUUUAUAUCGUUCUCAAGGAGAGAUCGAUCUUUCAUUAAAUCUGACAUUGCACUUUAUAAUUCAUCGCGCAUCCUAUCUAUUGUUAGAGAUCAAUGGUGCAUUUUUGAAGAUUUAAUUAAAAAAUAUUAUUAAAAAUUGAAGCUAUAUCUCAUUAAUAUGAAGUUGAUACAAAUAGCUGGCAUAUUUAUAUCUGCCUAUAUAGUGAUUAUGAUCACUUAUUUUGUACUCCCUGUAUAAUUUUAUUCUUCAGAGCUAUCGAUAUAUUUCCAAGUCUUUAGAAAACAUCACUUUUCCAGCACGUUGUAUAUGUGUGUACCACAUCUCAUUUUAAGAAUUAAGAUUAUAUCAGGUGUUUUUUUUGUAAUUUAUUAAGAAUUUGAAUAUGCACAUACGAGAAUAAUAAGCGUUUGGAACAGUGAACGUCGAAACUAUGUAAGACGUAAGAGAGAGAGAGAGAGAGAGAGAGAGAGAGAGAGAGAGAGGAAGAAACACGGAAAAUUGUAUAUAGUAUUUGUAUCAUGCAAACGCAUUCAAUUGUAAAUAUCUAGAUAUAAGAAGCUAUUUAAAUGUACUAUGUGCGCAAUACAGUAUGUGCUAACAACGCAUUUAUUUACAGAU